GGUCCCCGCCCUUUCCCUUCAGUGGAAUUUUCCGGAGUAGCGGCGGCGCCGAGAUGCGCAGCAUAAAAGCGGUUGCGAAGCUGCGGGGCAGCGGGGCGACUGCGGAAGGGAUAUCAGUGGGCAGGGAUUUCCGGCUAAACGUCGAGCACAAUGUGGAUAGCAUCUCCCCCUUCCGGAAUCGUCCAAUACAUCAAGAAGCUUUUCUUGAGCGAGCAGGCCGGCCGCGCACAAGCCAUCGAGUUCCUGCGCAAGAAUGCGGCCAACUCGAUCUCCGUGGCCAACCUCCUCAUGGGCCUCUCCUCCGUCCUCUGCAGCCUAAACGGGCAGUACCACCACGCGUGCUGGCUGGUCCUGACUGGCUUCGUGCUGGACCUUGCUGACGGAGCCGUCGCGAGGCAACUCAACGCCUGCUCUGCCUUGGGGGCUAAAUUGGAUGACUUUGCAGACUUCACGUCCUUCGGCCUGGCCACGGGGCUCCUUCUGCAGGCCCAUGGGAUCCUCGACGGAUUGCUGGUGAUUGUCUACGUGCUGGCAGUGUUCAUGCGGCUGUGCUUCUUCUCCAGUGGGAUGCCCUUCAUGUACCGGGGUUUGCCAUGCCCCUACGGUGCCUCCAUGGUAGCAGCCACCUACUUCCUGACCGAAGGUCAUCUGGUGGCCAUGCGCCUGAUGGCCAUAGUGAUGGUCCUCUUCAUGGUGGACCAGGGUUUCUAUCCCCAUGACAAGGUGCUGGAGUCCCAGGCUUGGAAGAAGGCCAUCUUCGGAGGAGGUAUCUUGGUGCUCCUGUUUCACGCCUCCUUCCUGGCCUCUCUCUACUUCCUGAUUUGGUCUGUAUCGUACAUUUUUUUCCCCAACAUUUUGUGGAGUUACAAAGUCUAAUCUCGUCGGAGGACGUGAGUCAACGAUGCCAGCACUGCACCAGUGCCCAGGCAGUCUUCACAGCGACUGGGACGACGAAUCCUGUGUUUAAAAAUCUGUAUUUUGCCUAAAGUUUUUCAUCCACCUGAAGUGAUAAAACUUCUGGGAGACUUAUCCAUGGCUUCUGGCAGUGUUAUCCUUGCUGCCUGUUGCCUGAAGAAUGAAGUCAACAGCUGGCUAACAAGCUGAGCCUUUGGUCAGUGUAGAUAUGUACAGAUUCUUUCUACCAAGAUAUAUAUAAAUAUACAUAUAUAUAUAUGUGUGUGCAAGUUUUGGUGUAUUCAGGUCUUUUCCCAUGUAAGAUUGAGAGUAUCUCAAUUCCCAUGUAAGAUUGAUACUCUCAAUCUUACAUGGGAAAAGACCCGAAUACACCAAAACUUGCAUACCUCUACCCAUGAAAAUCUACGAAAAUACAUAUAUAAAUAUGAAGUGCAAUCUAGGUUUAAGAGGCAAAAUUCUUGCUUAGAUUUUUUUUUUUAAAUGCCAGUAAUUUACUUGCUGAUAGCUUUUAGGAACAUGGGGAAAACUUGAAUGCAGACCUCUUUUCUUGCCACUUUUGUGGUGUUCUCACUCUAGAUCCAUCAGAGGUUCUUCCUUAACCAGAUUUUUGCAACAGGUGAGCUCGCUGAAUUUGCAACCUUUACGCUGAGGCAGAAGGGAGUCCCACUGCUUUCAGAGACAGAUUUGGUCCUUAAGAAGUUAUCUCUCACAUGACUGCCCUCUUGUUAUCCAGGCCCACACAAGUAAAAGAGCAAAGUCCGGCUCUUAAUGGGCAAGAUAUUAAGCUAUCUUUGACCCACAACUGAUUAAUCAAGCUCUUUCUGGGUCUUUUAAAAGACUCCACUACUUGUCAAGAGAGUUGUGGGUCUGUGCACUCAUUCUACACUCUACGAGUGGGUAGCUGUUCCACAGAGUAGACAGGAAGCAGGGCAUCUGAAAAAUCUCAAUGUCCCACCCAGAAUCUAAGCCAACCUCCAUCAACAUGGGCAGGAACUGCUGCUGGAGACAGUUUGGGAAUUAUUCCCUCCAGCUGAGCCUGCAAAUCCAAGUCCUCUUCUGGUAUAAAGAAGGAUCUCUGGAAGCAAGUUGCUAAGCAAAGAGGCCAGUAUAUGGCGUCCCUUCCAACCACACAUCCCUCUGCCACCAGAAAAGGCUUAAAGGGAGGCGUAAACUUCUGCCAACAUCUGUGAGCUGCCCAGCUUUGCAAAAGGAAUUCUUUGUACACCUUAGUGGUUAGAUCUCCGAUCUACAAUUCCACCCCGACUUCAAUUCUAGCCAGAGUCAUGGCAGACAUUCUAGAUUUGUGUUGUGAAAAGAGGAGCCCCAAAUGCUUGUGUGGCAGAUAGCGCUUUUAAUGUUUUUUUAAAAUAUUUAUCGGGGUAAUGAAAUACAUUGGGAAAACAGUUCCUUCCCAAGAGCUGUUAGAUAAAAAACACAAGAGAAAAAAAGAAGGCAGGAAGAUGACAUUGUGUCAUUGGAAAACUAUACUUGAAAACUAAUGUUCUGGUGUUUGGAGGAAAAAAAUUAAACUCAGAAAACAUUGAA